AUGCGAUCAACGCAUUUACAUUAUCUGGUUUUGUAUCUUGUUUUCUCCAUUUCGUGUCAACACCAGCACACAAGACGCCUUAUUUCGCCUAUGAAUGGUAACACGGACUGGUUUCGUACCACAUUUCUUAAUCGCCUUUGUGAUGUAAUAUCUGAUCUUCUUUCUUGUUCUUUCUGA